GCCAGCGCCAUCAUGGUAUUCAAGCGCUACGUCCAGAUUGGCCGUGUAGCCUAUCUCUCCUUUGGCCCACAUGCUGGCAAACUAGUGGCAAUUGUUGAUGUCAUUGACCAAAACAGGGCCCUUGUAGAUGGUCCUUGCACUGGAGUAAGACGUCAGGCUAUGCCUUUCAAGUGUAUGCAGCUGACAGAUUUUGUAAUAAAGGUCCCACACAGUGCUCGUCAAAAGUAUGUUCGACGUGCCUGGGAGAAAGCAAACGUUAAUGAGAAGUGGGCUGAAUCUAGCUGGGCAAAGAAAAUUGAUGCAAGACAAAGGAAAGCAAAGAUGUCCGACUUUGACCGCUUCAAAGUUAUGAAGGCAAAGAAAAUGAGGAACAAGAUCAUCAGACAUGAAAUGAAAAAGCUCCAAAAGGAGGCUGCCAAGAAAGCAUAAUUCUCUGAAUUUGGAAAGUAAAUCAAAUAAAUUGUUUAUAGACA